AUGAAAUUUGGAAUUUAUUUGCCGGAUUGUUGUGUUUCCAAAGAGCCAGUUAGUGUUCCUAUUCUUUUUUGGCUUUCGGGUUUGACUUGUACAGAAGAAAAUUUUAUAAUAAAAAGUGGAAUGCAGCGGUUAGCCUCAAAAUUUAAGGUUAUUGUUGUGAAUCCAGAUACAAGUCCAAGAGGAGAAGAUAUUCCUGUCGGAAUUGAUGGUGAUCCAACUUUUGGAGUUGCUGCUGGAUUUUAUUUGGAUGCAACAGAACCAAAAUUUGCCAAAAAUUACAAAAUGUAUUCUUAUUUGAUUAAAGAAUUUGUUCCUCUUAUUUUUGAGGAAUAUAAAGAAUUAAUUAUUAAACAGUUUUGCGGGAUUUUUGGACAUUCAAUGGGAGGACAUGGUAUCUUAUAA